GUAAUGUGUGCCUGGUAGCCAACAUUACUGGACUUGAACUGGAUCUGUAAGGAUAUAAAUAUGUAAGGACCAAUGUUUUGUCAUGUGAUAUCAACAAGCAACAGAAUUUUUCUUUCUAUUUUGUACAAAAACAAAAUGUGUGACCUUGACCUUUGUGUCCCUUGUGACCUUGACCUGUGUGACCAUUAAACUGUAAACAUGAGGGAAGAGGAUAUGGAAACGGCCAUUAAGGUCGUCAUUGUGGGGAAUGGAGCAGUAGGAAAGUCUAGCAUGAUCCAACGCUACUGUAAAGGAAUCUUCACCAAGGAGUACAAGAAAACAAUCGGCGUGGAUUUUCUGGAGCGACAGAUAGAAGUAAAUAAUGAGGAUGUGAGGUUGAUGCUGUGGGAUACUGCUGGCCAAGAGGAGUUUGAUGCCAUCACUAAGGCAUACUACAGAGGGGCCCAGGCGUGUGUGCUGGCCUUUUCUACUGUCGAUCGAGACUCUUUUGAGGCAGUUGAAUCCUGGAAGAAAAAGGUGGAGGAUGAGGUGGGGGAGAUCGGGAUGGUUAUUAUCCAGAAUAAGAUUGACCUCAUAGACGAUACUGUGGUUAAUGAUGAAGAAGCUGAGGAUCUGGCAAAGAGACUAAGGCUGCGAUUCUACAGAACAUCUGUCAAAGAGAAUCUCAAUGUGGACGAAGUUUUUCGCUAUCUUUCGGAGAAGUACUUGGACCAAAUCAAUUGUGAGGUGGAAGAGCCAGAACCUAAAAUUUCCAUAGGUCAAGGCUUACUUGAAAGUGGUGGCAUUACCAAUCAUUCAAAGGAAAAAGACAGUUCAAAAAGUAAAAACAAAAAAAUCGGAAAUGGCAAAGCAUCUCACAAGCAUCGAUUUAAAAUGCGGAACGGUGAGGAUUCCACGAUAAAACUAGAACCUAGUAAACGGAGGACAAGGGGCAAGAAAGCAAUUGUGACUGCUAAGUGUGUUAUAUUAUAG